AUGAAUCCUCCACUAGAAAUCACAGUCCCCGAUCUUGAGUCCAUACCGUAUACCCAAUGUAGUCUUUGCGGCAAGUUUAUGGUAUGGGCUAUAUUAGCAUGCUGUGUUUCGCAUGGUCGAGUUGCAAAUGAAUGCGGCCUUCUUUCUCAUCAGGGAAAUCGUUUUCGUAGGGCUAAUGCAGUUUGGCUGUGUGUAGUCGGAGGAAUUUGGCUCCGUAUAACGAGAUUAACUAGGGCAAGAGCUGACGCCUUCCAGAGCUUUUUGGAAUCUACUAUUUGGGAGUAUCUGUCAGCGUCCCGCAAAUGGGUUCCAGAGGGUAUUGAUGCCUGCUCUAGUUACCUACAUCUGGUCGCUUGGGGAACGGCUGCAUUAAUGACUAUUGUGGUUUUGGUUACACAAAAGGUGGAUGCAUCAGAACUUUCUGGAAUUUGUUCGGUGGGCAAUACGGAUCCAAAUGCUCUUUUGGCUUUUUCGCUCAUUCCCAGAUCUUUACUAGUCUUUCUUGGCACUUGCUUUGUCAUUGCUGGAUUUGCCAGCAUGUGCCGUGAACGUGACAGCUUCAGAAGACGAGUAAUAAUCUUCUUCGCCCAUACCGUAAUCCUCACACUAUUACAGGGCACCGACACUUCAAAACUGGACAAACUAAUGUUCAAAAUGGGUCUUUUCUGUUUGCUCUACAUUUUUCCUGCUGUUACGCAAGUGCUUUGCGAUAUCUAUGCGUUUAACACGGCCAAACGAUGGUAUCCGACGACAAUUGCAUGCAAAAGAAGUGGUGGCGUCGAAGGAGGACAUUGUCAUCGGCCACAUUUACCACAGAUCGGCUCGGAAACAAAUUCAAAUAAGAACCAAGACAGUUGCGUUCAGGAUGCAAAAUUAAAAAAAUUACAAGGAGAUGGGUCCGUGAGGGGCGAGAAAUCGGUUUGGUUGAGUUAUAAGAACACCAAGCAACCUAAUUCUUGGAAAUGGGUGCUGUAGUU